AUGUCAACAUUGAUGGAAACGGCUCUAUUACAAAAGAUUCAGGAGCAAGAAAUGAUGCCUUCACCAGCAUCAUCAGCUAUACUUGCUUCUGGAUGUUCGCAAGGUGCUGCAUCUUUCGCACAAGAACGGAUAUGGCUCGACGAAAAGAUCCAUCAUGACCCAACAACAUCACCUGCCAUGCAUAAUUUUAUUCUACCUUUAGUGAUUAAGCAUGGCUCAAUGCCAAUCGAGCGCAUUCGUUCGGCCGUUGUUGCUGUUCUUGAACAGCAUGAAAUACUUCGAACAGCAAUUUACUUUGAUGAAAAUCGUAAAAUGUUAGUCCAAGCGGUGCAGUCUAUGGUUAAUCAUGGUGCUUAUUCCUUUGAAAUAACAGCAAAUGAUAUACAUAGUUCCGAUGAAAUUGCUGAUCUACUUAGAAAUGAAUCGAUCAAGCAUUUUGCUGAAUUGGAACAGGGUGAAAUGAAACCGAUAGCCAAGACAAACGAUUCGAUAUUAAGUUUAUAUACUGAACAACCUUGGUUACAUGGCAAUGGUAUUGCUUCUCAUGAUAUGAAUUUAAAAAUGAUUCACAAUCACCUCAGCCAAACAACUUAUUGUAUUUUGGAAUGUAGUGCUGAUUGUUAUGAUGAAGUCACGGUGGCCAACAUUGGUCGAUAUUUUCAGAAUCUACUUUUACAUAUCUUCAUUGAAAAUACGAAAACCAUUGGAUUCGACCCAUUUCUUGAAAAAAUUGGAAAUCUUUCUCUUUUACCAAUGAACGUUGAAACUUUAUCCAACGUCAUCGAAUCGCUACGACAUUUCUCCGAAAUAAAACCAGCUUCAUAUGCUCAACAGCAAAUAUGGCUCGAUGAAGAACGUCGUUUGUAUUUGGACGGACCACAACUGGCAACAUACAAUAUGGUAUUUUGCUAUCGCCUUUCAACUGAUCAGACCUUAUCUGUUCAGCAGCUUUGUUAUGCACUCCAUCUUGUUGUUGACAAACAUCAAUCUCUAAGAACAGCACUUAUUUUUGAUACUACAAAAAACAUUCUUACACAACGAAUUAUUGACCAACAAAAUCAUAAAAACAAUCGAUUUUCUGUAGUCGAAAGUAUUUAUGAAACAGACGAACAACUGGAUGAAAUUAUCCACAAUGAGACACACAAUCCACAUAUUUUCGAUCUUGCUCAGGGUCUUGUCUUCCGAUGUCAUAUUGUUCGUUAUAAACAAGUUUCUACCAAUGAUCUUAUCUCCGAUAACGAUAUCAUCAUCUUUAACUUCCAUCAUGCCUCGUUCGACAUUUCAUCUAUGAAGAUAUUUCUCCAUGAUCUUCAUCAAGCAUACACCACAAGUCAGCUGCUCAAUGAUAGCAGCACCAACAGUCUUCGUUAUCUCGACUAUGCUGUCAUUGAACAACACAUGCCUAUGAUUGGUGCAAGCAUGUUCUGGCAUGAUGCUCUACAUGAUUGCAAACUAGAUCAGUCUCUCUCAUUACCAUAUGAUCGAUAUCGACUUACGAAUGAGUAUCGAUCUGGUUUUGCAACAUCUAUUUCAUUCGAUUUAGAUCAUGAUCUUCGUGACACUUUCCUUCACUACGCAUCUUCACAAAACAUCUCACUUGAACAUCUGGCGUUGUCUAUGUAUUUUGUCUUUCUGUUUAAGCUGACGAAUGGAGAAACGGAUCUAUGCAUUGGAAUGAAAGUAGAUAGUCGAUACAGAGAUGAACUUAAAUCAGUGACUGGUAUGUUUGUCAAUGCUAUUCCCUUGCGCUGUCAACUAGAUCCACAAUGGUUUCCACAUAAACUUGUUAAACAUGUUCAGGAGAUACUAACAAACAGUCGCAAAUACUCUUAUUUUCCUCUUCGACGUCUCCUAGAUCAACAUCCACGUGCUUCGAAAUCUACAUCUCUUAAUACAUUAUCGGAGUUCAUGCAAUAUUCACUACAAGAUCUCGGCAAAGACGUGAUUAUAGGCGACAGUUAUCUUUCUGUGAUGCUCAUUUCGAACAAAACUACUGAAGAUAACAUCAUGAACAAGUUUGACUUCAUUCUUAGUAUUCAGCAUGAUUUCGAUAUGAAUCAACUCUCUUGUACAAUCAAUGCAUCACUUGACUUGUUCAAUCGAGACACAGUGGAGACGAUUUCACAACGAUUUCAUUCCAUCUUACAUCAAUUAUCUGUAUCUAUGGUUGAUAAUCAAAUGAGCAAACCAAUCUAUGAAUUAUCAUUAACAUUAUCAAAUGAACAAUAUCUAAUGCAAUCAGUGAAUAAUACACAAAUAUCAUUUUCAUCUCCUCUCAUUUGUAUUCAUCAUAAAUUUGUUUAUCAAGUAAUGAAACAUCCACAAAAAUUAGCAGUUGAACUAGAUGAACAAUCAUUAACAUAUUGUGAACUCUUAUAUUAUGUUCAAAUGUUAUCUUUAACUCUUCUUAAUGAAUAUCACGUGUUUCCAGGUGAAAUCGUAAGUCAAUGUGUAGAGCGAAGUUUGGAAAUGGUGAUUGGUAUUAUGGCAAUUGAGAUGGCUGGUGGUGUUUAUUGUCCAUUAUCACCUCGAGAUCCGCAACACCGAUUACAUGCGCUAAUAGAGCAAACUCAAUGUCGUCUUGUGCUCGCUGAUCAUUCUACAAUGUUAAAGUUUUCUAGUGAAAUCGUUUUAUGCAACAUAGAUUUAAUAUGGACUAUCAACCACAUUAACGGUUCUAUAAUUCUGGAUCGCCUUUCGGAUAUUGUAUUAACGGCAGACAAUAUUGCAUAUAUUGUUUUUACUAGUGGUUCAACAGGAGCAUCGAAAGGAGUCCAAAUUCGUCAUCGAAACUUCUUGGCUUGCAUUGAUUCUCUUGUUCGAUUGAAUUUAUUCCCAAAUAAAGGUACCCUGAUACAAAUGGCAAGCUGCUCAUUUGAUGUGCAUGUUGAGGAGAUUAUUGGAGCUUUAAUCACUAGUUCAACAAUUAUAAUGCUUCAUCCUCAAGGUAAUAUGGAUUUAGACUAUAUGACAAAGACGUUAAAUGGGAAACAAGUAUCAUACCUCUCGUUGGUGCCGUCAUAUGCUAAUAUAUUGUUGGAAUUUUUAGAAAGUCACAACAUUUCAAGUUUCACCAGUUUGUGUAUUGUUGCUAUUGGUGGAGAAGCGAGCACAGUUCAACUUAUUGACAAGCUAUAUACAUAUCUACCGCAAGAUAGUUUUGUAUGGAACGGCUACGGACCUUCAGAAAUAACUGUCGACUCCACAAUUUAUGUUAUAGGUAGGAAUAUAAAUAUGACUAGCAUUCCAAUGGGACGUCCACUACUCAACUAUCGAUGUAUGAUUAUGAGUGAAUAUUUACAAUCAUCUGUUAGAGGUGAAGAAGGUGAAUUGUUUCUCGGUGGGGUGGGUGUGUUUGCUGGAUAUCUCGGACGUGAUGAUUUAACUGCAAAAGCUCUUCUUGAAAUAGAUGGUCAACUAUUUUAUCGAACAGGUGAUCUUGUUACAAUAGAUAACAAUGGCCUUCUUCAUUAUCAAGGAAGAAAAGAUCAUCAAAUCAAAUUACAUGGACAAAGAAUUGAACUUGGUGAAAUCGAACGAUGUUUGCUUAACAUCAUAUCUGUAUCUGCUUGUGUUGUCAUGAAAUGGAAUGAUGAUUACUUAGUUGCUUAUGUUCAGUCUUCUCGUAUAAAUGAAGAAGAACUACGUCAACAUUGUCAGUCUCAUCUUCCACCACAUAUGAUUCCAUCUUUUUUUAUCAUUCUUGAUAACCUACCUUUAAAUGCUAAUGGAAAGGUCGAUCGAAAAUCUUUACCAAUUCCGAAAACUUCGCUUCAUUCACCUGACACGAUCCAUCAGCAACAUGUAGAGCCCAGCAAUGAACUCGAAAUCUAUAUUCAUUCAUUGUGGUGUCAGGUUCUCUCUCAGAGCAGAAUAUCUACUAAUACAAAUUUUUUAAGUAUCGGUGGCCAUUCUCUCUUACUCGUUCAAUUAUACCAUAACUACAAGAUGACACUCAACAUUGACACGACUAAGAUCAAUAUUUUUGAACUCUCCCAACAUCUCACCAUUGCUGAUCAUGCUCGUCUCAUGCAUCAAUCGAUAGAUGAUCCACAAAUAUAUCAAAAACUUUUCUCUACAGCACAUAAUACGCAAGAAACAUCUAUUGAAAAGCGUGCCUGUCCAAUCUCUCACGAGAAUAUCAUACUAGUCGCAGAUGAAUUGUUAAGAUAUGAACCAUUUCCUGUUACAAAUAUUCAACUAGCAUAUCUAGUUGGACGUGAAGGUGCCAUAAAUCUUGGUAAUGUUUCUACUUUUAGCUAUAGCGAAUAUGAUUUUUCGUCAACGUUCGACAUCGACUGCCUCGAACGAGCAUUGAAUUAUUUAAUCCAACGGCAUGAAGCAUUGCGUCUGAUCUUUCCGUCUCAUACCGAACAGAAAAUUCUCAAAAUAGUUCCUUAUUAUACUAUACCUAUACUUAACUUAGAUGAUGUUAAAUCUACUCAAAAAUAUCUAAUAGAACGACGAGAACAACUAUCACAUCAGAUUCGAUCAGCUGAUCAAUGGCCGUUAUUUGAUUUUCAAAUAACUCGUUUCAUUAGUGAUGACGGUUAUAAAAUACGUUUGCAUUUUGGUUUCGAUUUACUGAUCUUGGAUUUAUGGAGCAUGAAUUUAGUUUUAAAUGAAUUAAAUCAAUUGUACUGCAAAUUGAACGAUAUCUUAGUAGAACUAAAACUAUCUUAUCGAGAUUACAUUCUAGCAGAGCAACAAUGGAAGUACACGACUAUUUAUAGCAAUGAUAGACAAUAUUGGAUAAGUCGUCUAAAAUCAUUUCCAUUAGGUCCAAAUUUACCAUUACAGUGUUUACCAAACGAGAUAUAUAUACAACGUCACUGCAAUGCGGCAACACUGUUAGAACAAUCACUGUGGCAAAAAUUAAGAAAACGUAUUACCGAUCAUGGGCUGACACCAGCUGGUUUCUUAGUGUCAGUUUAUGCCUUAGUAUUGGGUAAAUGGAGUGAAAAUAAACAUUUCGCUUUGAAUCUACCAGUUUUCAAUCGAUUACCUAUUCAUCCACAAGUUAAUCAAAUAGCAGGAGAUUUUACAACAGUUAUACCAUUGGAAAUUAAUCUGAAUAAGGUAAUCACUUAUUACGAAUUUCUUCACACUGUGCAGAAACAACUCUGGAACGAUCUUGAACAUAUAUCUUAUGAUGGUGUGUCAUUUAUUCGUGACUUAAUGCAGAUGCAUCAGACAAGAGAAAUUCUUUUACCGUAUGUUUUCACAUGUGGGGUAGAUCUUGAAGAUAUUCGUGAGAAAAAUGUUGAACACAAUAUAUUUUUUGAUCAAGAACCGGUUUAUGCGAUUAGUCAAACACCACAAGUUUUUCUUGAUCAUAUAGUGAUGGAGAUUAACGGUUGUUUAUCAAUAAAUUGGACAUAUGUAGAGAAUUUACUUCGAAAGGAAAUGCUCAAUCAUAUGCAUGAUACAUUCGUUGAUUUACUUGUCAAAUUGGCUUUGUUUGAUGAUAUAUGGCAAAAGCCCAUAUUCGUCCCUUUACCCUCUGAACAACAAGAACGACGAUUAGAUUUCAAUCAAACGCAAUGGGAAUCAAACGUUAAAGAUAAACUACUCCAUUCACUCGUUAUUAAACAAGCUGAAUUAACACCUAAUGCAUUAGCUAUUGUUUCUUCUCAAGUAAAUUUAACAUAUAAAGAACUAAUGAAUCGUGUUUAUUCACUGGCAUACGAUUUGCAGCAACAACAACAACAAACAUAUUCCAAUCAGCUAAUUGCUAUUCUAAUGACGAAAGGUUGGGAACAAAUUGUUGCUUGUUUAGCUAUUUUAGUUUCAGGUGGUGCUUAUUUACCUUUGGAUGUUGAUUCACCCUAUGAUCGUCUUUGUUCAUUAAUCGAAGAAACUAAUGUCACAAUUCUUCUUACACAAUCUCAUUGUCAACAUAGAUUUCCAUAUCUCACAACUAUUCCAGUUGAUACAUUCAUAACGGAUGAUAAUUAUCCAACACCAUUUCCUAUCAAACAACAAUCAUCAACUGAUUUAGCUUAUGUUAUUUAUACAUCUGGAUCAACGGGAAAACCAAAGGGUGUUAUGAUUAGUCAUCAAGCUGUUGUAAACACUAUUUUAGAUAUGAAUUCAAGAUUAGAAAUCUUAGCUAAUGAUAGAAUAUUUGCAUUAUCACAUUUAAAUUUUGAUUUAUCAGUUUAUGAUAUAUUUGGCAUGUUAAUUGCUGGCGGAACUAUAGUAAUUCCAGAUCAUGAAGAUUAUAAAAAUCCUCAACAUUGGUAUGAUAUGGUAAUUAAACAUCAGGUCACUAUUUGGAAUAGUGUUCCAAUGUUAAUGCAAAUGUUUGUUGAACAUCUCAAACAUACAAAUAAUCAGAAUCAAUUACGACAUAUUUUAUUAAGUGGUGAUUGGAUACCAUUAUCUUUACCUGAAUCAAUACAAACAACAUUAGGUGAACAAGUAACAAUAACUAGUUUAGGUGGUGCAACAGAAGCAUCGAUUUGGUCAAUUGCCUAUACUCUACCAAAAGAAAUGCCACGAGAAUGGAAAUCAAUUCCGUAUGGAAUACCGUUAAGAAAUCAACAAUAUUAUGUUUAUGAUAUACAUCUUGAUGAUUGUCCUGAAUGGGUUAUUGGUGAAUUAUAUAUUGGUGGUGAAGGUUUAGCUAAUGGUUAUUGGAACGAUCGAGAAAAAACACGAUCAAGUUUUAUUAUUCACCCAUUAACUAAUAAACGUCUUUAUCGAACAGGUGAUUAUGGUCGAUUUCUACCAAAUGGAUAUAUUGAAUUUAUGGGACGAAACGAUUUUCAAGUGAAAGUACAUGGUCAUCGUAUUGAACUUGGUGAGAUUGAAUAUCAUUUACAACAACAUCCAGAUAUUCAUCAAGUUAUUGUUAAUAUUGACGACAAAUCCCAACAGUUUAUCGGAUAUGUUAUGUCAGAAAAACAUUCUAUCCACAUCGAAGAAUAUGAUUCAGCGGAGAUGUUAACCGUUAAUCCCAUUGAACGUACUAAAUUUAAGCUUGCAAGACAUGGUAUAAGACAUCAAAAGAAGGUAGCAAAGAGCUUUGCUCUAACAAAACCAAAGCUUACAGAAACAUUAAUCAAUACAUAUUAUAUGAGAAAAAGCUAUCGACAAUUUACAAAUGAAACUAUGGAAAGAUGUACCAUUGAAUAUUUAUUAAGAAAAUGUCACAAUAUCAACAGGAACGAGAGAACAUCUUUAUCUCAUCUCAGCUUUGAUAUUCUUAGUCAACUAUUAGCAGUAUUAACACCGAUCAAUAUUUCUGAUCAACCGUUACCAAAAUACCGUUAUGCGUCAGCUGGCAGUCUUUAUCCAGUACAGGUAUAUAUUGAAUUACCAACAUCUAUAGAUAACAUUUUGCCUGGUGUUUACUAUCAUAAUCCAGAUGAACAUACUCUAGAGCUAAUUAGUACUCAUAUUAAUAAUGAAAUGAUGAAUAUAAGAUUACAUCUUGUUGGACGAUCAUCAGCGAUUGCACCGCUGUAUGGUAAAAGAUUGGGUUCUCAAUUUUGUAUGCUAGAAACAGGAUAUGUUAUGGGAUUAUUGGAAAAAGAAGGGUCAAGAUUAGGAUUGACUUUCUUGGAAAAUACGCAUAAUGAGUCUAUAACUCGGAAUAUUCUGAAUAUGGAUGAGGAUGACACACAUUAUUGUUUCAAAAUUUCGUCAUCUGAACAAGAUAUUUCUAAAAAUAUACAAAAUGAUAACCAUCAAUGCAUUAUUUAUCUAAAAUCAGUCAACAAUAACAAGGACCAAUGGUUUACUUAUAAUGAAGAAAAUGAGACGGUUACAUCUUUUGAUGUCGAAACUGAAACUACACAAGAGGAAACACCACUAUUCUUAGAUGAUGACAAUGAUGCAAAGAUUAUAUUCCAUGACUGUCAAUGUGCAAUCUUCUUCAUCGGACGAUCAGAGUCCACAAUAAAUAUAGGAAAGAUGUCACAUUUAUUAAUGAAUCAUGGUUUAGAAAUGAAUAUUGGUAUGUGCCCAAUUGGUACUCAUGCGAGUUUUCCAAAACAAAUUAAUCAUGUAUUAGAUACCAUUCUUACUCAUGAGAAACUAAAUGGAAGUAACAUAUUACAUACAUUACUUAUUGGAAAGAUCAGUAAUGACCAGAACAGUGAACGUACUAUUUCGAAAGUAAAACCAAU